AUGUCCCAAGGUCCACCUCCCUCCUACAUGGAGAGCUUCGGCCAGCCCAUGCCCCACCUCUUCCCUGGAGGACUCUACCCCCCACACCACCCCGCCAUCAGCCAAGCCUCCCAGCUGCCGCCUGUGUCUUCUGCUGCCCCGACGCCGCCGUCCGCUGCCGAGCCUGGCCAACCGAACCCUGCUUCUGAAAACCCGUCGCUGCCUGUCUCUGCUGCUGAAGGAGCCGCUCCUCCGCCUCUGCCCAUGAGGCUCCCCAACCAGCAGAAUCUGGCGCAGACUCAGCAGCAGCGCACGGCCAUGUACGUCCAGCAACAACAGCAGCUCUACCUCCAGCAGCAGCAACAACUCUUCCUUCAACAGCAGCACCAGAUGUACCUCCAACAACAGCAGCAGCUUCAGCAACAGAUGCAGCUCCAGCAGCUGCAAGGCCUCUACCCACAGCACCCACAGAUGUCGUACCACCUCGGGGGCCACGGUGGCUUCCCUGGCGCCAUGGCUCGUCCCGAGGCCGGCGUCCGACCCGCAGCGCCGCCGUCCCUCAGCCCAGGCCAGCCGGGCCCUGGGGCAGCUGUCCCGCAGAUGCCGCAGCCGAUGAACCUGAAGAAGCCCUUCCCUGCCGAGAGCGCGCCCGGCGGCUUCUGGUGA